AUGGGUGUUGUCAAUAUCCUUCGCAAGAUCUUCGUGCCCGAGACCAAGAAGGCUCAAGAUGGCCGCGACCAAUGGCCCUCGCGAUUGUCCUUCAUUCUCGCCGCCAUGGGUGGCUGUGUGGGAUUGGGCAACAUUCUGAGAUAUCCUUCUCAAGUUUACAACAACUUCGGCCUUCAAGGCGGUAUGGAGUGGUUCAUACCUUAUUUCAUAGCACUUCUCUUCCUGGGUAUUCCGGCUCUCAUCCUUGAAAUAACCAUCGGGCAAGCCUACCGCGGGGGCCCAACGCUGGCAUAUGACCACAUGCACAAGAGAUUGAAAGGUGUCGGCUUCAGUUUGGUAUACAACGGCCACAUGAUUGUGCUCUACUACGUGGCCAUCCUCGCGUGGGUCAUGACCUACUUCAGACACUCGUUCAAAAGCCCACUCCCGUGGAAAGGCUCAAACGAUGAAUUCUACAUGGGCAGUGUUAUCCGAAAUCAGGACCCCAUACCUGGAGAGAUCGUGGACGGAUCGGUUGUAUCCUACACCAGCUAUCCAGGGAGCGGUCUGAUUGGAGAGACUACGGGGUGGUGCGCCUUUACCUGGUUCCUCGUUUGGCUUUGCAUUUGGAAAGGCGUUGGCUUGACCGGCCGUGUGGUGUACUUCACCAUGGGUCUGCCCAUUCUGACCAUCAUCAUCCUCAUGGGUCGCGGCGUGUCCUUGCCCAACGCCACCCGAGGCAUUCGUUACGCAUGGGCAACCUGGCGCGGAGACACCCUCGCCAACGGCCAGAUCUGGCAAGACGCCUGCGGGCAGAUCUUCUUCAGUAUCGGCUUGGGUAUGGGAUAUUUUACCUCGUACGCCUCAUACAACAAUCAGUACCAGAACGGUGUGCAAGACGCCCUCAUCAUCGUAUGUUCCAACUCCAUCAUCGAAAUCACCUGCGGUAUUGCCGUAUUCGGCGUCAUUGGCUUCCUGGGCAUGGAUCCCGCCGAGGGCGAUGCCCUAGGCAGCUUCGAUGUCGCAUUCCUGACACUCCCCGAAGCCACGGCGCAGAUGCCUGGCGCGCAGUUCUGGAGUUUCCUGUUCUUCACAACGCUCAUGCUUCUUGGUUUCAGCUCCGCGUUCGCGCUGACCGAUACUACUAUUACUAUGAUAUGCGACAGCGAGUUUGGCAAGAAUUGGAAGCGCCCAUUCGUCUCCACCUCUGUCAUCAUCGCUUCAUUCCUCGUGUCCAUGGUCUUCUGUACCGAGUUUGGCUAUUACAUGCUGGAUGCUGCGGACAGGUGGCUCAACAACUUCGCUCUCGUCUGGACCGUUCUGUGCGAGUGUCUUGGCGCGACCGUGAUGUAUCGGCAUAAAGACGUGGUCGGUCUGCUAGGCUGGGUUUCGUACUUGACCUACACUGCCGCCUACCUUCUUGCGCUGAUCCUCGGCGUCGCUGUCGGUCACGCGGUGCACCCCGGCGCAGGCGCUGGAGUCGGCUUCGGCAUCUUCUUCAUCGGUCUUGCGGUUGCCCUGGCGCUCGCCAAGACCCCUGAAUCCGGGCCUCCGCAGUUUUGGAAGAAGAAUGUCUGGCUCGAGAAGAUCUACUACCUCAUGUUCUACCAGGGCUACCAACUCUCCCUCGACCUCAACCUCGUCAUCGCAACCGGCAAGAACUGGAGCAUCCCCUUCUUCUGGGGCCCUCUCUUGCGCUACGUCUCCGCGCCCAUCCUCGCCAUCAUCCUCGGCUUCGCCUACCCCAGCUUCCACGCUGUACGCAACGACCCUCUUCAAAUCCUCGGUUUCACCGUAGCCAACUUCACCAUGGCGUUUGUGGCCAUUGGACUGGUCUUCCCGCGCUACUUCAUCCCCUUCGUUCCUAAGGAGAAGCGAGGCAUGGGCCACAUCCCCUUCAAGCCGGAUGUGUCGGUCGCGGUCGUGGAUGUGAGUAUGGGCAGGGUCAUUGAGGAGGGUGGGCAGCGCAGCAACAGCUUCGACGCACCCGUUGCGGCCAAGAAUGAUGGUCAUGGUGCCAAGAUUGGCGGUAGUGAUAGUGACGAAGGUCUCGCGGAGAAGCGGGCGGCGGCGGAGCGCGGGAAUGAGGUCUACUAA